AUGGCCAUGGCACAGCGAGGAGUGCCAGGUCCACCCGGAGCUGGUGGUCCUAUUCCUGUAUCUCCUGGACAUCAACCGCUUCCAUCUCCGACGGCCAUGGGUGGUGUUCCACCUCAGUUUCAUUCGCAUUUGGCAGGGACUUCUCCGCAAUUUCAACAGAUGCGUGUACCUCAACAGAUGCCUUAUGGAAAUGUUUGCGGCCCACAGCAGGAAGUGCAACGAGCUCCAAUGCAGGUUGCGCGGAUGUGGACGCGUAUGCCAGCUCCGGUGCUUGGCGGUAUACACUACGAACGUCUGCAAACCGCUUUUGAGAAAGAGGUGUAUGAAUGUCUGGAUGAUAUGGUCAGCCGAGUAUCUGUGCAUUUUGAUGGCCGGGACCCUGCACGUGAAGGUCUUGCUGGACAAGGCAUGUUGAAACGUUUGUUGGAACCUGCUAUGGGGCAACAGAUGCCGCCUAUGGGUGGUGCUGGUCCUCCGGGUUCAGCUAACCAUUUGAUGGAACAGUUGGAACCACCCAGACCGAAGAAGAAGCGCACGCAACAGAAGAAGUUCGAAACGUUGGGUAUGGGAAACGAAUACGAUCUGAUGGUUGAAAGAGUGAACACCCAAUUACGGCUUUGUGAACAAUUGCCUAAGCGGGCAUUGGAACCUGCACCACGUAAUCCUGGCGCUGCAUUUGCUACCAUGGGAAUAAGUGACCUACCAGAUCGGCGAGAUAAACGUGCUUUGGUUGGGAACGAGUUUGGUAACCUAUCCCUGUCAUUCGUCGAUGAUUACUAUACUGGAUCAAGUCGAGGACUUGGAUGCCUGGAAAUGUCCAGCCUUUCUAUGUCCGAUCUUGCUCCUCAGGCGAAUCUACCUGCGCUACUGGGAAUGUCAUCACCACCCAUGUAUGAUUUGGUGGUCGAUGCCGAGGAUACUGCAUAUGGCACUUUUGAUCAGUGGGUGGUAUUUGCUCACGCAUUAGAUCGACAGCCAUGUGGUGAUCACAUGCGUGUGGCUAGCAAGUUACCAGAAUUUACCAUACCGCUUGAACCUCGACGUGCAGUAUUCGAUAUGAAACCCGAACCUCCGGAAGAGGUCCAAGUUUCUCUAGUUGUCAAAGAAGAGUCAACAGUACCACCAGGAAUGGGAGUAGCUGCCUUAUUCGAGCAACUACGGUCUAUCUUAGGGGUAGAGCAGAACAUCGACUAUCAGCUCGAUACUCCACCAAUGUCACCAGAAGCAUCGAUGAAAGGUGGGACAUGA